AUCCUUGCCAUCAACAUCGUUAAUCUCGACAACAGUGGAUAUGCUGAUAUUUCUUAAUUAAUGAAGACAAAUGAAUGCAUUGUUAUCAUCGACAUGCUUAAUUUGGACAAGGAGGGCAUAUGCUGAUGCUUCUUAUCAAUUAACUGUGAGCAAAAUGCAUGCAUUGUGAUAAUCGACAUGGCGUAACCUACUCAAAUGGGAGUGCACUCAUACAUUUGUAUUUAUACACACACAUACCUGGAACACAAGAUCAUCACCACGAGAAAAGCUAAGGUUCUGUUAGGCAUAGUUGCCUCUUCUUCCCUAAAGGUUGGCAUGUAUUUUUUUAUUGUUGCAUAAAUUUUCCAUUAAAUAUUUCAGUAGGCUGAUUACUUGUUUGGCUAGGAGAUAAUGCUUUCGAUUAUGACAUCUUCCUAGGUUUAGAGCAUAUUUCCCAUCCCUUUAUUAGUUAAUACCAGAGAUUAUUAUUAUUAUUAUUAUUAUUAUUAAAACAAAACACCAUGCACGUUUCUCUUGGUUAUCUAUGUAUUUCUCAAUUAUUUAUGCUUGUUGUUAAUUAACAGUUUCGAAAGGGAGGAAGGCUCGGGUUAGUGCGUGAUAAGGGUAGACAUGCCUGGUCCGGUGCCUGAAUCAUGGCCGGGUCUGGUUGGUACUGAACUGAAUGCAGCAGUUCAGAUCAUCCAUCAGGAGAGGCCAGAUAUCAGAAUUGCCCGAGUACUCCCUCCAGGAGAGGCUCCAUCCCCACCGCCACAAGACCAAGAACGCGUUAUCAUUUACAACGAUGUCGGCCCGGUGCCUAAUACAUGGGUGGUUGUUCCUCCUGCACCAUAUGUUGGCUAGCUAGCCUGCCUUACAUGGCUGGCUUUACCUUUUGUGCCUUUAUUAUUAAAGGCUAGAAUCAAUUGAAUAAGGUGAGCGAGUGUGAUAUCGAUCGCCAUGCAUUAAUAAUGCUAUGUAGUCUAUGUGGGCAUGCCUGAAUUAUAUUGUUUACUCAUAUAUGUAUUAGUGUGAUGAAUCUACAAAUAUUUCAAUGAGUGUACGAUUUGGCAAUGGAAUAAUGAAUUAUGUGUUUUCCUUUUUCGAUGAGUGGCUUGCUUUAUCUUGUACGGCCUAUAAUAUUAGCACCAUGUCAUACACAAGUAUCAAUGUGCGUUUUUAGAAAGAAUUGAAGUCAUACUCAAUUAUCAAUGUCAGUUCUUUUUAAAGAAUUGGUAGUGAUCAUGCUUGUGGAAAAUACGUAGAAUCCUUUGAUGUCCUGGCCGAGUCACAUGUCCCAACCCCUAGUGUCUAUCUUGCAUGUCUCUACAUCUCUCUCACUUACGUCCUCAAUGGAUAUCUCUCAUCGCUUAGUAAGCCCGCUGACCCUUCCCAUAAAAAAAGGAAAAAAAUACACCACGAAAGCUAAAGGAAAUAUGUCAUACGUAUAUCACAAUUCCUCCACUGAUCAUGGAACACCUAGAUGCAGUAGAGUAAGUGACAGCAACAAUUGUUCAGCUUAAGAGGUCAACUUCACAGUUACUGGUAGCACCAGAUUACAAUCUUACAUGACAGAGCUAGAAAGAUUGCACCUUUGCUGAAUCUAGAUCAACCAUGAUGCACCUUUGCACUAUUGGAACGAUAGAGAACAGAUAAUGGACGUUAGAAUUCACACUAGUAGAGAAUGGAAUAAUGUGAUAGCGCCGUAGCGGCCGAAUUUGCUAAAACUUAGUGUUUCCUCUUCAAAUACGCUGUAACGACGCUAUAACGGUGAAAUAGCAUGCUAGUUUUUUCUUUGACACAGAUGGAUCAUAUCUGUGCUCCGAUGGCUCGUCGGCAAACGAUAUGUUGCUCAGAGACUCAAGUGGUGGGAUCAUAUUUACUGCAUGUCGACAUCUUAGCACGUGUGAUAAUGCUCUUGAGUUAGAACUGUCAGCAAUCUCUGAAGAUGUAUCAUUAGCUUUGCAGUGGAGUAAUCUGCCUAUAAUUGGAGAAUCGGACUGUCUUGAGGCCUGUUGGCGCCGCCUCUCGCAGCUCCUUCUUCUUCUACCUCUCGUUGUCUCUGACAACUCUCUCUUCUCUCAAUAGCACAAGAACGCACACACACAUGGGAAUAGACACACAUGGUGACAUACACAAAGGAGAAAACCAGCCGCUGCUUUGCCGAGAGGCUCCGUCCUUGAUGAACAUACUGACUAGUA